GGGUUAUAAUGUGUCCUAAAAAGGCUUGAUGUUCUGAAGCCCUGGUGACAAGGCUCCUAUAUAAAUACAGGACAGGUGAACUGGCCGCUCACUCUCUUAUUUUCUACCGCUCGAGGGAGCAAGUUUUCCAGGCCUCUUGUGCAAGCUCUCCUGGCUGUCUAAGCAAACAUGUGCGAUGAGGAAGAGACCACCGCUCUGGUGUGCGACAAUGGCUCAGGCCUGGUGAAGGCCGGCUUUGCCGGGGAUGAUGCUCCCAGGGCUGUGUUUCCCUCCAUUGUGGGCCGACCCCGCCAUCAGGGUGUCAUGGUCGGUAUGGGUCAGAAAGACAGCUAUGUAGGAGACGAGGCCCAGAGCAAGAGAGGCAUCCUCACCCUCAAAUACCCCAUUGAGCAUGGCAUCAUCACCAACUGGGAUGAUAUGGAGAAGAUCUGGCACCACACCUUCUACAAUGAGCUCCGUGUGGCUCCUGAGGAACAUCCCGUCCUCCUGACUGAGGCUCCUCUGAAUCCCAAGGCCAACAGGGAAAAGAUGACCCAGAUCAUGUUUGAGACCUUCAAUGUUCCGGCUAUGUACGUUGCCAUCCAGGCUGUCCUCUCACUGUACGCCUCUGGCCGUACAACAGGUAUUGUGUUGGACGCUGGUGAUGGUGUGACCCACAAUGUUCCCGUAUAUGAGGGCUACGCCCUUCCACAUGCCAUCAUGAGACUGGAUUUGGCUGGCAGAGACCUGACUGACUACCUGAUGAAAAUCCUGACUGAGAGAGGAUACUCGUUCGUCACAACUGCCGAGAGGGAGAUUGUUCGUGACAUUAAGGAGAAGUUGUGCUACGUGGCUCUUGAUUUCGAGAAUGAAAUGGCCACCGCAGCCUCCUCCUCAUCCCUGGAAAAGUCCUACGAGUUGCCCGACGGUCAAGUCAUCACCAUCGGUAACGAGAGGUUCCGCUGCCCCGAGACCCUCUUCCAGCCCUCGUUCAUUGGUAUGGAGUCUGCUGGUAUUCAUGAGACCACUUACAAUGGCAUUAUGAAGUGCGACAUUGACAUUCGUAAGGAUCUGUAUGCCAACAAUGUACUGUCUGGCGGUACCACCAUGUACCCUGGUAUCGGUGACAGGAUGCAGAAAGAGAUCACAGCUCUUGCUCCCAGCACCAUGAAGAUCAAGAUGAUUGCCCCUCCUGAGCGUAAAUACUCUGUCUGGAUCGGCGGCUCCAUCUUGGCCUCCCUGUCCACUUUCCAGCAGAUGUGGAUCAGCAAAGAUGAGUACGAGGAGGCCGGACCCUCUAUUGUCCACAGGAAGUGCUUCUAAAACCCUCCUCUGUCAUUCUCCUCUGUCCUGGACUCUCCUUCUAGCCUUUGCACCAUGUCACGUCUUGUGUUUGUACUGCGGACGUUUGUUUCAAGUUCCCCUGUACAGGAUUCACAUCUACAGCCACAAUGAAUUGUUCAAUAAAGACAUUUACAUAUUUUCAA